GAAUCAUAACAACAACACUUAAACUUUAUUAGUUUUAAAACUCAUCGUUACAAAACCGGUUGUAGGGUGAGGAGUGACUCUCUUUAUAAGCACUUUCCGGUUAGACUUGCAUUUCUCCAAAUAAAAACACACUCAUUAUCAAUAUCCUCAUCAAUAAGCCCAAAACCAACCCCACCAAAUAGAAACAACUUUUCAUAGAAAGCAUAGAGAAGGUGGGAACUAGGGAUGAGGAGUACUGGAGGAGAGAUAGUUCAAGUAGAAGGAGGACACAUAGUUCGAGCCACCGGUAAAAAAGAUCGUCACAGCAAGGUUUACACAUCAAAAGGUCCUCGCGAUCGCAGGGUUCGACUCUCAGCACACACAGCCAUCGAAUUCUACGAUGUUCAAGAUCGCCUCGGCUACGACAGACCAAGCAAAGCAGUGGAUUGGCUCAUCAAGAAAGCAAAGUCUUCCAUUGACAAGCUCGCGGAGCUUCCUCCAUGGCAUCCAAUCAGCGAAAAUCAAACUCUGAAACCUCUAGAAGAAGUUCAGAAUGUAGUUGCAAACUCAAGUGGAAUGGUUGUUGGAGAAACAUCAGAAUCUAAUGGUUACAGUUUUCAUCUUUUAAGACAAUUAAGUGAGAAUCAAGGUAACCAUAAUUCAGCUUUCAUUUCACCACAUAAUGUUGAAACUGAUCCUAUACCUUUUUUUCCAACUACAUCUUCUACUUCUUCAUCCAUCAAUUUUCAAAACUACCCUUCUGAAAACCUUGGCCUCUCUCUUCAUUCCUUCCAAGAUCACAAUGGUUUCAUUCCAUGGCAAUCACAACAAGUAUGUGAAAACCAUGAAACUUCAAAUGAAAACCAAAACCAAAACCAAACCUUUUUUGAGAACCAAUAUCAUAGAAUUGAGAAUUGGAACAAUGAAACAACCAAUGAUUAUAUAAAGAAAGUUGGAUUCAUGGUAAACUCACAGUCAUUUCUAGGCCAAGGUUCCGGUUCAGAAUACUCUCCAAACGAGACCCUUCAGUCAAAUUUUUCGCAUUCUGUUAGAACAUGGAAUGAGAUUCCUAUGGAUUCUUCUUCAGAGGUUCAUCAUCACAGGUCUCAACAAGUUCAUCAAGCUUCAAUCUUUGGAAGCAGGUUUGUUUCUGAUGGAUUAGCAGGUUUCUGCAUUCCUGAUACAGUUCAAGGUGGAGAAGAGGGUCAUAGAGUUUCUUCUAAUAGACCUUCUUCUUCUCCUAAUCACAACUGAGCAAAGUUUUCUAUCAGGUCGGUCGGAAGUCGUGACGAGGUUCAAACACUUGUAUUGUAUGUGUGAAUUUCAAUGGUAAAUUGAUAUUUCGUCUAUCUACUAAAAAAUUGGAUUGACAUUUCUUUGCAUUUUGGCAUUGUGAACUUAUGAUAAAAUAUGUU